AUGCGCCCGCAGGCAGCCGGCGGGAAGAGGGCCGCCUCCCCCAACGUCUGCUGCCUGCUUGCUCGCAGGGCCCACGGCUUUUACGCCAGAGACGCUGGUGUCGCCCACAGACAAAACCUGGGACUUCUCAGAAAGAUAAUGUGCCAGGAAAGUACUAAAUUCAAGAAUGUUUGGACAACUCAUUCUUCAUCUCCUAUUGCAUAUGAAAGGGGAAGAAUUUACUUAGACAAUUACCAGCGCUGUGUUAGCAGCAUUGCACAAGAGCCAAGAAUACUUUAUCAAAAGCCAAAGUGUUCAAAGUCAGAAAAAAUAGAAGAUGCUUUAUUGUUGGAAAGUCCACUGGGGGAAAUGCUACCAAGUCCAUCAGACUAUAAAUCUUCCCUGAUAGUCUUGACAGUGCAGAACUGGCUUCUACGUCUCUCUGCUGAUACUGGAGAAAUACUGGAAAAAAUAUACCUUGCUGGUUCCUGUUGCAAAUUCAGGUAUCUGAGCUGGGAUACUCCUCAAGAGGUAAUGGUUGUAAAGUCAGCUCAGAAUAAGCUCCCUGCAGCAGCACGGCAGGCAGGUAUCCAACAAUCUGUAUUGUUCUAUCUUGCUGUGUUCCAAGUUUUGCCUCUUUCAUUCAUUGGAAUGCUAGAAAUAAACAAAAAGAUAUUUGGUAAUAGUGUGACAGAUGUUGCUGUUUCUAAUGGAAUCCUGAUUGUAAUGUGUAGCAUGGGUCUGGUCAGGCUCUAUAACUUCCAGGCCAUCUCAGAACAGUUCAUGGAACAGCCAUUUGAUUUGGGACAUGAAUUCAACUGGAAUGGUCAAGUGGGAGUUGUAGGAAAAUAUCCAUUUGGUCUUCCAUGUAACAUUAAAAUAACAGAUACCCCACCUUUGCUAUUUGAAGCAUCUUCUCUGGAGAAUGCAUUUCAAAUUGGAGGUUACCCUUGGCAUUAUAUCAUCACACCUAACAAGAAAAAACAUAAAGGAGUCUUCCAUAUUUGUUCUCUGAAAGACAAUGCUUUGGCAAAAAAUGGCAUACAGGAUAUGAAAUGCUGUUCGCUGGAACCUGAUUGGAUAUAUUUCCACCCAGAUAUGUCAGGUAGAAUAAUCCACGUGGGACCAGAUUUGAUAAAAGUCUUGAAGCUUAAGGAAGUUAAAAAUAAUACAGAUCAAAUGGAGAUUGCAGAAGAUUUUACGAUUGUGGCCAACAGAGAAAACUGUGUGAACAGUGCUGCUACUGUAACAGCUUCUGGUCGGGUAGUGAAAAAGCGUUUUAACUUGCUGGAUGAUGACCCAGAACAAGAGGUAACUGAUGUAACAUUCAAAAUUGUGGACUAUGAAGAUGAAUUGGAUUUGUUAUCCACUGUGGCAGUUACUCAGGUAGGAGCUGAUGGAAGAGCUCACCUUGACUUGCAUUGUAAUGAACGUGGAAUUCUACUUAAGAGUAUUCCAUUACUGGAGUCCUGGGACGUGACUUACAGUCAUGAAGUUUACUUUGACAAAGACCUUGUACUACAUAUAGAACAGAAGCCUAACAGGAGGUUCAGUUGUUACGUUUACCAAAUGGUCUGUGAUACUGCAAAAGAUGAUGAAUGUUCAAGCCAUGAAAAAACAGAAAGAGCAUUUUGUAAAAAAGGAGGGAGAAUUUUUGAAUAUAUUUAAGCCAUAAACAACAACUACAGAGAUUUCAAUUUGGAUAUUAUUUAAGGACUUCAUACAUAUAAAUUAGUCAACUGCUGGUUUGCAGGCAGGAUUUAAUCUUAACAUUUCAUACUACUGCAUCAGGUUUUGUUUCUUUUUUCUCUAUAACUUUGUACAUUUGUCCAUUAUGGCUUUUCCUGUAUUUAUCAGUUCAUCAUUGAUGCUAGAUGUAGCAUUUAUUGCUUCUCUUCAGCAAUUGGAUUGAAAUACUGGACAUCAAGGAGAAAGGUAACCUACCAUCUGCUGUGAUCUGUCUUAUGAGGUUUUACCGAUGCAACUUUAAUACAGACUGUUAAUUAAAGUGUGUAAAACUGUAUAGCAUAAAUUUUAUCUGUAAUAUGAAAAUGGUAGAGUUACCAUUAAACCACUUUUAAAAAAUCCUGUUGGUUUUGUGAGAAAUGAAAUAAUUCAGCUUUUCUGGUUGUGUUUAUUUUGGCUUAAAGAGAAGUAUUAAUAAAUCAUGUAUUUUUACA